UGUUUCCGUUAGCGCGAGUACAGAAGUUUUGCAAAUCGUUUCCGGAACUAUACGUUUUGGGUGGGGAGAUCGAAUCAGAUUAACUUGUUUUGCAGAUGACGGUCUACAUCCCACACCAGUUCCACAGUCGUUUAACCCGAACAGAAGAUUUUCGUAAAUGCAUUUUGCCCCACAGUCCGUCCCAAUGAGAGCUCCCCUCCGCUUUCGCAGGUCACUUUCUGCAAACGCAGGUUCUCGCUCAUGUAUCCACCGGGCGGAAACGAACACUGUGCCGCUGCGGACGGAGAGGUUUUAGUUGGUUUCAGGGUCGGGGGAGUGUUCGGAUGAACAUUCUGUGGGUCCACAAUCACUGAGAGACUUCUCGCUGACUGGCAGCAUGGAUCACCAGCUGGAAGGUGAAUUGGCAAGUGAAGGGCGUUGAGUGAUGUCGGCUGUAGAGGCUGUUUGCAUUGUGAGAGUUUUCGGGAAGUGGUUAAGAUCACAGAAUUGUUACGAUGCAGUGCAAUGUCUACUCCGGAGGUGGAUUUGCCAGGACCUCCGAAGUUAAAAAGCAAAAGAACAGAACUUCAGUUCUGAAAAUUUGAAGUUGGCUCAGAAAAGAAACCUGAACAGAGAUCUCAGAUGCUGGAAGUUGUCUCAGAACAUAAACCUGAACAGAGAUCUCAGGAGCAGAAUGGUGAUGAGAACAACCUGCAGCAGAAGACCAAGUUGGAUAGUCAGUGUGAUACUGUUGUCUCAGAACACCAACCUGAACAGAGAUCUCAGGUGCAGCAAGGUGAUGAGAACAACCUGCAGCAGCAGGCCAAGUUGGAUAAUCGAAGUGUCACUGGUGAGGGAAAGCAAGAUACCAUGGGCUCUGCGCAGAAGAAGGAGGGCACGGAAUGUACUUUGAGACAUUUGCAAUCUCCAAAAUGGAGACAGGAUGAACAAUUAAUUGUGGAAGAAGAGGAAAAUCAAGUUGAAAAUAGACUCAGACCUGAACAGAGAUCUGAUGUACUCGAAGAUAAUGAGCCAAACCUACAGCAGCAGGCCAAGUUGGAUAAUCAAAGUGACACUGAUGAGGAAAAUCAAGUUGUCUCAGAACACAGACCUGAACAGAGAUCUCAGGGGCAGAAUGGUGAUGAGAACAACCUACAGCAGAAGACCAAGUUGGAUAGUCAAUGUGACACUGUUGUCUCAGAACACAGACCUGAACAGAGAUCUCAAGAGCAGGAUGGUGAUGAGAACAACCUACAGCAGAAGACCAAGUUGGAUAGUCAGUGUGGUACUGUUAUCUCGGAACACAGAUUUGAACAGAGAUCUCAGGGGCAGGAAGGUGAUGAGGACAACCUGCUGCAGCAGGCCAUGUUGGAUAAUCAAAGCAUCAUUGGUGAGGAAAUACAAGAUGCCAUGGACUCUGCCCAGCUGCAGAAAGAGGGCACGGAAUGUACUCUGAGACAUUUGCAGUCUCCAAUAUGCAGACAGGAUGAACAAUUAAAUGAGGAAGAAGAGGAAAUUCAUGUCGAAAAUAGACUCAGACCUGAACAGAGAUCUGAUGUACUCGAAGAUAAUGAGCCGAAACUACAGCAGCAGGCCAAGUUGGAUAAUCAAAGUGACACUGAUGAGGAAAAUCAAGUUGUCUCAGAACACAGACCUGAACAGAGAUCUCAGGGGCAGAAUGGUGAUGAGAACAACCUACAGCAGAAGACCAAGUUGGAUAGUCAAUCUGACACUGAUGAAACAUGCGAGGGGAUGUCAUCAUCAAAUGUGCAACCUCCAAGGUCCAUUCAGGAUGCACAGUUACAUCAGGAUGAAGAGAAAAAUCAAGUUGAAAAUGUUGUCUCAGAACACAGACCUGAACAGAGAUCUCAGGGACAGGAUGCUAAUGAAAACAACCUGCAGCAGAAGGCCAAGUUGGAUAAUCAAAGUGACACUGUUGUCUCAGAACACAGACCUGAACAGAGAUCUCAAGAGCAGGAUGGUGAUGAGAACAACCUACAGCAGAAGACCAAGUUGGAUAGUCAGUGUGGUACUGUUAUCUCGGAACACAGAUUUGAACAGAGAUCUCAGGGGCAGGAAGGUGAUGAGGACAACCUGCUGCAGCAGGCCAUGUUGGAUAAUCAAAGCAUCAUUGGUGAGGAAAUACAAGAUGCCAUGGACUCUGCCCAGCUGCAGAAAGAGGGCACGGAAUGUACUCUGAGACAUUUGCAGUCUCCAAUAUGCAGACAGGAUGAACAAUUAAAUGAGGAAGAAGAGGAAAUUCAUGUCGAAAAUAGACUCAGACCUGAACAGAGCUCUGAAGCACAAGAAGGUUAUGAGCCGAACCUACAGCAGCAGGCCAAGUUGGAUAAUCAAAGUCACACUGAUGAGAAAAAUCAAGGUGAAACAUGUGAGGGGAUAUUAUUAUCAAAUGUGCAAUCUCCAGUAUGCAGACAGGAUGGACAAUUACAACAGGAUGAAGCAAAAACUCACGUUGAAAAUGGGCAAUGGUCCAUUUACUUGGCAGCAGUUUUGUUGGUUCCAGUCGCCUGUAUCAUGUUGAAUUUUCUGAAUCAGCAAGAGUCUGAAGUUGUGGAAAAUAAGCUCAACAUAUUCUUACAGAAUUUUGACAACGUGCAGAAGAGUUUUCCAAAUCAAGAUGAACAAUUGUGGAAAAAAAGCAGGAUAAUGUUGCAGAAACAUAUUAACAUGACUGUCCAUUCUGAGCCAUCCAUUUUAAUGUUUGCAGCUGCUUGGAAUGCAAAUGAAACCAUGCAUUGCCUCACAGACAGAAUUGCUGAAGCUUAUGCUUCAGCUUUCAAUUCCAGGUUUCUGAAAAUUGAGGGAUCUAGUAAAAAGUUUUUAAACAGCGAUAAAGUGAAGCUAGAUCUAGAUAACCAACUAACUUCUUGGUUUGGUGCGGGUAGCAAGUCAGCUGUUAUUCAUCACUUCCAGGAUCUGCCACCUCCAUCUACCCUUCUAUUCUACAAAUAUUGUGAUCAUGAAAAUGCAGCCUUCAAGGAUGUAUCCCUCUUAAUCACAGUUUUAGUGGAUGAGGAAAAAUUAGACCCAAAUUUAAGCUUCAGUCUUCUGGAGGAAAGAGUCUAUGAUUUUCUUAUGACAAAAUUUUCUAUCUCCAGUCAGACUGGGCAAUAUAAUACCCUGGAUAUUGACAAAUUCAGUGGAUUGUGGAGUCGAAUUGCACACGUCAUAUUACCCGUCCUACCUGAAAAAGAUAUUGAAAAGAAUGGCUGCAAACAUAAGUGAACAUUCUGAGGAGACAUCACAAAAUUUGCACUGAAUUUUAUCAAAGAAAUAAAUUACAUGCACAGAGAAGUCCUAAGUCUUGAAAAGGAAAUAUAUUUUUAAAAUUAAUUACCUAGUAUUCAAUCUUGUGAAUUUUGCUAAAGGAUCUCUUCUGAAAUUUUAAAGUUUUUUGAGUCAUAUGCUGACUGGCUUUCUGUAAUGUUCCACAUUUUCUGUUUUUAUUUCAGGCUUCCCGUGUUUAAUUUCUAGCUUUCUUCAAUUAUCACAAAUAAAUUAAUCUCCUGGAAGCUAGAAAAUGAUAUUGCCACUGAAUAAAUGAUGAUGGUUUGGACUUUGCUAUGGAAGCUUAAUUAUAUUUGCUAUUGUAUAAUCUGUAACUGAAUAAAGAAGCUGAAUGUCAA